AUGGCAGCGCCUUAUGAUGAAGUCAGCCUCGGGGAGGAUGCGUAUGCCAAGGAGGACCGGAUCCCCACCAAGUUCGCCAGGUAUUUCGACCAGCUGGAGAAGCGCGAGGGCUGCGAGGGGGACUGCAGGUCUCCCUGCCGCGCCGGCGACGAGGUGCAGUUCCAGCUCGGCAACGUGCUGCGGCCGGCGAGCAUUCUGGCCACCAGUGCCGGCGACGCGGCAGAGAUUCAAUUCACCACAGGCCUAGAGGGUGGCGCCUGUCCUGCUGAGGCAGGUUGCUCCCUGUGGCGAGUGUGCGCUCCGGUGGACACCACGCGCCAGUGCGUUGCCCAAAACUCCGAGGACGGGGAGGCCAUGGACUCUGAUGAGUCCCCGGUAGCCCGGCGAGGGCGGCGGCGCCAGGUGAGGACUGCACAUACGCGUCCGGCUCUGGCAGAAACAAACCCGGCGCCGAAGCGGCGGCUAUGCAGGGCAGAGGUCUCGCCAGAGCCCAACCGCGAGGCAGAGGCGCGAGCAGAGGCUCCAACGGUCGCACCCUUGCGGCGAUCUCGGCGCUUGAAAGGCUUGCCAGCUGAGGAGGAAGAGAUGCAGGACGAAGUGCCAAGGACGAAUCGGUCCGGACACGAAUCCGAUGAUGCGCAGGACCUCCCCAGCGCGCCCGAGAAGCCGAGGCCAAGGCCAUCCCUGCUGGAAGAUGAGUCUGACGAUGCAGAGGAGGUCUCCCCGGCAUCCGGAAAACUGGCGAGGCCUGCAUCUGGCUUGUUAGAUGAGGAGUCGGAGGAGCUGGCGCGCAGCAUGGCAAAAACCUCCUCAGGGAAGAGGUUUCUGUGA